UGUGCCUGAAUUUGUUAUUUGAUAAAAACAAUUAUAAAAGCAAUAAGAAAGCCGCAUCUUUACAGUGUCUAAAUGUAAUUAAUUACAAUUUAAACAUAAAUUCAUUUCAAUAUGGCUCAUUUACAGUACAUGCCGGGUGAUCCCCGGUUAGUCGAUCAAUUAGUUUAUGAGUUAAAAUCUAAAGGAAUCUUUGAUCAAUUCCGCAAAGAUUGUAUCUCGGACGUGGACACGCGGCCGGCGUACCAGAACCUUCGGCAGCGCGUGGAGAGCUCGGUGGCGCUGUUCUUGUCUCGGCAGACCUGGAAACCGGACCUCAACAAGAACCAGCUGCGCGAGAAACUCAGGAAGCAUAUACUUGAUGGCAACUACCUCGAGCAAGGCGUAGAAAGAAUCGUGGACCAAGUAGUCAACCCCAAAGUGGCGUCUGUCUUCAUACCGCAAGUAGAAGACCUAGUUUACAACUACCUUGGCAUUGCUAGGAAGAAAUCUACCCCGGAAACAUCCAAUGAUAAAGGAAAUUCCUCAACUGAUCUACUGCCCACUGAUUUAGAAGCUGUCAGUCCUGGAUCAGUCAAAAGUGAUGAUAAAGAUGAACAAAUGGAAGAAUCCAAAGAUGAAAUAAUGGAAGUUGAUGAAGAUAAACUCAAAGAAAUUAAUAUCAAUGACAUAUCUAUGCCAUCUGAUAUAGAACCUGAAAAAGAAGCAGACACACAGCUCUCUGGUAUCAGUGAUUUGACUUCACAUGGUUCUGAAGCGAGUAUAGAUAAAUUAAGCAUACCUAUGCCUGCUGAAGAAAUUAAUCUGGAGAACAUACCUUCUCCAGAGAACAGUCCUCCUAAAAUUGAUUUAGACAGCAUUGAGUUACCAAAAGAAGAGCCAGAAAGCAUUGAGUUGAAAGAUAUACCAUUACCUGAUGAGAGCCCGAAAGAAGAGAAAGAUCAAUACUUUAAACCAAUAAACAGUGAAGAUGAUUCUAGUUCUGAAUCGUCUAUAAUAAGAAACAUGUCGCCUCUUACCCCAAUAAGAAAUUUCAAUAAUGAAAAUUCUUGUGACGCACAACAAGCUUUCGAUAACGAUUCUGAUAAUAAAAAUGAUGACAAGAAAGAACCUAAUACAUUUAGAUUUACUAUUGAUGCGAAAUCGCCUGAAAACAGUUCUGACGUCAAAGACAUUAAACCGGAAAAAGAAGAACAGACAAAUUUGGCGUAUCAAUUUAAUGAGCAAGUUAAUAUCAACACAUUUAAUACACCUUUAUAUGAUGACAGUUCCAACAGUCAUAACUUACAAAUCGAUUAUGAAAGUGAUGCUAAUAGCAAAACUAAUUUGGAUAAAAUACCUUUCCCCGAUGAUCCUACUUCAGAAGAUUCUAAGAAAGAAUCAACAGAUGAAAAAAGAAGUCACAAGAGCUCACACAGAUCUAGAGAUUCCCAUAGACAUAGUUCUAGCAGCAAAGAUAAAAGAACCGAUUCGAAACACUCAAGUUCAAAAGAUAGAAAAGAUUCUAAACAAGACAGGAAAUCUUCUAAAGAUGACCAGAGUAAGUCCAAAUCUAGUUCUGACAGGUCUAAAGACAAGGACCGAAAAGAAAGUAAAGAUAAAGAUAAACACAGGAGUUCUCAUAAAAGCUCUAGCAGCAAAGACUCGAAGCAUAGAAGCUCAAGUUCCAGUCAAAGGCAUUCUAGCAAACACGAUGAUAAAGACAGAAAGUCGGGUAGUUCGAGCAGCAAAGAUAAAGAAAGGACAGAUAAAAGUUCAAAGGAUCACAAGUCAUCAAGAGAUUCUAAAUCAUCUCGUUCAGAUAAGGAUAAAGAUAAAAAGAAAAGAGAUGAUAAAGAUAAGGAUAAAAAAGAUAACAAAGAUGACGAUCACUACAGUGCGUCAGGCAGAGGAAAUCACACACGCCGCUCAACUGAUAGAGAUUCCAAUGAUGGUAGCUCAUCUUCUAAAGGAUCACACAAUCCAUCUAGCUCUAAAUUCUCUGAAAGCAAAACGAAUAAAGGAAGCAGUUCCAAAUCUGACAAUACUUCACCGAGCAGCAAUUAUACAAGCCCCAGUGAUAAAGAAAAUAUACUAAAAGCUGCAAACACAGAAGCUAAUGUAAAUCAGCCAAAACCAGUCAGAGUAGAUACACGCUUAGAAAUGCCGAUGGCGUCACCGCCGCGCCUCCCUUUUGUACCUGACGUGACAUUGAAAAAACCUAGAUUCGCUGCGAAUUUAGAAGAAGCCAAGCGCCUAAUGAAAAUGAGGAGAUUUUUAGAUGAAGAACAGAAGAGAAUGAACCAAGAAGCAGCUUUACUUCUAGAGUUCCAAGCAAAUGUUAGACCAAGUCUCAGCCAAGUGUACUCUAGCGUAUCUGGUCCUGAAUUAGAAUUCGCGUGUAUUUCUAAUACUUCCGAGUCUCAAAAACCAAUUAUUGAAACGAAUUAUGCUGAGGUUAAAACUAUUGAAGAAAUAGAAUACGCACCUGGUUCUAUAGAAAUGCAGCUCAGUGAAAUGAACAAGGAAACUAAAAAGAAAAAAACAUGUGAAAUUAAAGAAGAAACAAAGAAGGAAGACGAAAUUAAAGAAGAAGUUGAGACAGCAGAAGCAGAUGAAAUAAAAAUAGUUACGAUAGCAGAAGCAGACGAAACAGAAGAAGUGGUUAAGACAGAAGAAGACGAAUCAGAAGACGUAAUUAAGACAGAAGAAGUUGUUGAAACAGAGGAAGUUUUUGAACCUAUUGAAUUAAAUCAACCCAACUUUGAGGAUACGGAGAAGAUAUUAAACGAGAUUUCAAAGAAAGUAUACGGAAUUGUGGAUGACGAAGAUGAAGACAGUGUCAAUGAUAUUUACAGACCAGUGUUGAAAAAGGAAGAAGAAAUCACUGAAGGAAUUAAAAAUGAACACACAGAAUUUGAAGUUACAGUUAUAACUGAAGAAAUAACUGACAAUGACACUGUAGAGGAUAUUCCUGAUAAUGAACUAAGAUUAGUAAUUGAACAAGAAAAUGUAGAAGAUAGAUUCGAAUAUUUCGCAGAGCAUGAGAAAUAUAACGCUGAACUAGAACGCGACAAAUUUGAAAGAUUCCUCAAAACAUACACAGCUGAUUUAGGCAGCAACAAAUUAUACCUUAUCAACUGUGAUGCUUACGAAGAAAGCAUAAUUAAAGAAGUAGCACAAACCCAUGGAGAUUUCGAAAUUAUAAACUACCACAAAAAUGGUCAUAUGAAUAAGAAUAUAGUUAAAAACGUGAACGUGUCAAACGAAAUAGUUUUACCAAUAGAUAAAAACAACUCGCUAGUGACUUUGAGGUCUCCGAUAUUUAGUCCGAUUAAAUCUGAGUGCUCCUUUGAACUUUCAAGCGACUAUGAUGCAAAACUAGAAGAAAUGGUAAACAAAGCAUCGAGGCAACAGAUUAUGGAAAUAAUUCUUGGUGGAGCGGAACCAGACGAAAGUAAAUUAGAGAUAGAUUAUAUAGCGGAGGAAAAUAUUGAGAAGCAAGAUGAUUUGAAGAGGAAACUCUCGGUGGAGAGCUCGGAUAAUAAUAAUGGGCAUGUGCUGAAGCCGAAAUUGAGGAAAAUUAGUGAAUCGGAUCAGAUUUCAUCUACUACUGAAGAGACCCCAGACCCGCUGAACGUGAGUCGGACCAAAAACGUUCGCUCCAAAUACUUGGGCAAGGCGCGACGAGUUGGCUUACCCAGGCCUAAGAAGAACGUGCACCCAAACAGUCCAUCGAGCGAUAAGUCCGUAGAAAACUACGACACGAACGACCGGUCCCCAGACACCAAGCUGAAAAGGACGCCUCAUGUGCGGUACGACACUUCCGACCUCUACAAACCGAAGCUACACUAUCUGUCGAGGAGGAACAGCAUUACACAAGCUACUUAACUAACCAGCGAUUCCGCGUCGAUAGGUUUGGGGAGGCCUUAAGCCUCUACCGUAGUUUACGUUAUCGUAAAUUAUUCUAAAAAUAUUGUCUUCGGUUACCGCAUUAGUUACUCAUGAAAUAAAACUAUUUAAACGGAUUAUUUCGCGUAUAAUGAAUUUACAAUUCAUCCCGACGUUUCGAACACUUUACAGCAUUCGUGGUCAACGGGUGACUGAGGAAAAAUUACAAUGUGCAAAAGCUACCCACAUAUAAGUAAUAUUAAUGAACCAUUACCAUAAAUAAUAUAGAUUAUUAGGGCAGGUUCACACACUGUUAAUAAAGCUGGUUAUACAAUAUUCCAAAAAAAUACAAUUACUAUGUUAAAAAAAAACAAUGAAUUAAUUAAUCUUCACAAAAUUGACGAAACAAAUUGUAAAUGUCCAACACCAUACCACACAAAUGCCUCACAGUCUCCGUCGUGCUUAUUCCGUAACCGGGAUGAAUUGUAAACUCAUUAAACGCAAUAUAAUCCGUUUCCAUAGUUUUAUUUUAUUCUAAAAAGUUAAACUUAUUGUAGCGGCUUUUCUGUGCAGAUAAAACAGCUUACCUAAUGUAGGUAUCAUUCAUAAGUUAGGUAUAUUAAAUACAGUUUUAUACAAUGAAAAGCGAAUAUAAUUAGAUAGUUAUUAUUGUAAUUAACUGGUUAAUGACUAACCAGGUUAAUCAUGACUUAUUUGUAUAUUAAUAAUAUUCUCAAACGAUUUGUAAUAUCAUUGUUAUCAUUAGCAAAUGAUAAUAAGUACCAGUAUGUACCUAUACCUAUUAUAUUCAUUUUAAUCAACCCUUAAAUGCAUGAUUUUUUCUUUUAACGUGAUAUUGAUAUAUGUGAUAGAUAACGGUUUUCUGAGUCUGGGAAAAAUAAUAAAAAAAAUAUUUAAUACCGAUUUUAAUACUAAAUCAGUGUUAGAAGUUAAAUAGGCCAAAACUUAUUUAUAUAAAUAUA